AAAGGUGAUUCCAGCGCAAGAAAUGGUUUCAAAAAAUUAUUCACUGCACACAAAGCCAGUCGGAGAGACUUUGACAGCACAAUCGCAUAAUGGCAACGACCCAGCGUCUGACCUGAUCGGGCCCUGCGUUAAAACGCGCCGUCUGUUCGCUCCAGCAACACUUUCUACACUUAAAAUAAAGCAGGAAUAUAUUACGGAUUUGGACAAAGAAAGAGAAAGAGUACUGCACACACGCAACUACCAUAAAAUAAUGCAAACUACCAGAAGACACGUACUCAAAACUACGCCGCAACCACUGGAAGGCAACGAGGAUUACUUUUUUGUCUCCACGAGCUCAGACUUGUUCACCUUUCGUGACGAUCAGGGCGUGAACGUGUGCACGAGACUCGCUUAUCGCGAUGGGAUAAGACCCAGAAUUAGUGCUCCGCUUUAUCACCGCACCACACCCUGUCACAACCUGUCCCGAUCCGUUCUCCGGAUAAUUCGUGAGACCCCCUCACCAGUGAGUUCCCGUUAAUUUCCUACGAAACGUACAG